AUGUGUUUUCUUUGGCAGGUCAUGGCAGAGAUAUGUCAGAGUGGCUACAAGGACGCCCUUCGCUUUCUUGAGGAGAACCGUGAGUAUUACUAUGUUGCCUUUGACAGUAAUAGUGGCAGUACUAAAAUGAUAAGCUACUGUGACAUACAUGCAGUGAGCAUCAAUGAUGUCAAUUGAACAGGGUUCAACAUGAAGUGUGGAGUAAACCAGUGUGGAGUAGUAUUUUUAUGCUGUGUUACAAAGAUUAUUAAUGUAUUGUUUAUGAUGUCAGAUCUGCUGAAGCUGGAGUGUCCGACUGUCGGCCCCAACCCAUCAGAAGCCAUUCACACCUGCUGCUGCAAGCCCAUCGCCACGGAAACCACUAAGGACUGGAUGCUCCGGCGGCUCCGCCUCCUGAGGAAGCGGCACUGGUGGCUGGACGAGCAGAUUGUUGACAACCUGCCUAUCCAAAUCAAAAAAGGUAGAUAGGAGGUUAACCUAGACUUUCAGAUAUUUUCUGCUCAAAGCUGUUAGAAGCUGUUGUUAUCUAGUUAUAACAUUGUGUUGUCACUGUGCUCUUGUCAAUGACAUGUGGUUGUUGUGUGUAUCUGAAAGUCCUCUGAAGCUGUGCCCGUGUCAGCGAAGUGUAACAUAUUGUGUGUCUUUGACUGUAGUGUUCUGUGAGGCGUGCCAGCAGAAGCCUGGUCUGUAUACUCAGGUGUCCGAGAUGCUGCCGGUCAGAGUGGCCUCCUACAUGCUCCUGCCCUGCACACUACCUGUGGUGUCAGCCUACUCAGUGGGCAAGAGGUAAGACUACAUCCUACACCACUAGUGCUACCUACCACAAACAAGCCCUCAAUGAACUCAAUGCGGUCACAGUAGCUCAAACAGUAACCAAUGAUGACAACAGUAAUGCAAACAAAUCAGCUUCUAAAAAGCCCUGAACUAGCCUUUAGCAUAACUAGCCUUUAGCAUACAUUAGCCAAUACCUUCAAACUAGCCCUGACAGCAACCACUGACAACAAAGUAGUAAUUAGCCCACCACAGCAACCAAAUAACACUGGGAAUGCAAACAAACUAGGAAUACAAACAGGUUUCCUACUAAAUGCAAUCAAUUUGAAUGUGCUGCACAGGGACGCCACCUAGUGGGCAAGUCAAUCCACCCAGGAAUUGUUGAGAACUGGCCUCCCGUAGUGGUACAUCACAGUACAUUGACUCUCUGUGUUGUCCCUCUCCUGUGCUCCAGGUUUGUGGAGUGGAUCCCAGAGGUGCCUGCAGACAUGCGUUGGCUAGCUGGGGUGGCUGGGGAUGUGGCUGGGAGCGUGUACAGACAGGCCUGGAGAGGAGCACCAGCAGACGUAACCAGGUGAGAGACAUGGAGUUAUUACUACUGGGUUAUAUUAUGGAUGGAUGGAGUCUACUUGUAGAUUUGUAUGUCUGUCAUACAGUAUAAAUAAAGUCUAAUGGCCUUGUGUGUUUUUCUUUUUGCAGUGAUGGUUCCCUGAGGAAUUGCCUGAGUUUGCCUCCACCCCUGGAUAGUGACAGACACAGGGAGAGAAACGGUCACCUCGCCGGGUUCGCUCUCUCUGCUCUCGACCUCCAAAGCCAAUACUGGAACAUCCCCACCCCACCCUCUUCCCACUGCCCCACCAGCCCCCUCAUGCCCAGCCCCUCCCCACGACAGAUCUGCUUCUUUGUUGGCUCGCAGGACGAGACUGACUGA